AUGGCGAGCAUUUGGGUCUCUCAACUGGGAACGAUCUGCAGCUCCAAGACUUUGCUGGUGCUGUUUUCCAUCCUGCUGCUCCAGGGUCUCUGUGGACUGAGCAGCCCUAUCUCCAACACCAAUCAGAGGCAUCAGGCAGACGGGCAUGGAGGGGUGGUGGAUACAUCACUGCUGGAGCAGGACAACAAUAUAAGCAUGCAGAGCCUGUUGCAGAGCCUGAAGGAACAGUUUCUGCGGACCUUUAAUCUGUCUGGCUUGGAUCCUCAGCCCCUGCCUCCUGGAAGCACAAGGGAAGAGCCACCUGAGUACAUGAUGGAGCUCUACAACCGUUUUGCUAAUGACCGCACUGCCAUGCCCACUGCCAACAUUAUCCGCAGCUUCAAAAAUGAAGAUUCAUCUCCUUGUGGUGUGGGUGUUGGAGGAGUGAGACGUCACCCAUUACUCUUUAAUGUGUCAGUUCCCCAUCAUGAACGCAUCACAGCGGCAGAGCUUCGCCUCUACACACUUGUCCAGACUGACCGCCACCUCUAUGCUGGAGUCGACCGAAAGGUGACGAUCUAUGAGCUGGAUUCGCAUAUCGUGGAUGACAACAUGACUGAUGACAAUACUUUGAGAGGAGAUGUAUUGAAAGAGGAGGAAGAACGGAUAGAGCUGGUGGAGUUGGCUUCACGGCAGGUCUACGGCACCGAUAACAGCUGGGAGGCCUUUGACCUCACUGCUGCUGUUCAACGUUGGCGUAAUUUGGACUAUGGCACCACGCAUCGGUUGGAGGUGCACAUUGUAAGCAUGGCUAAUGAGGAAAAUGUUCAAACCAUGACAAAGGACAACAAAGACGGACUUGAAGGGGAUAUGAAGAUCGACACCAGCCCUGAGGAGAAACACAAACCUUUGCUGAUUGUUUUCUCUGAUGACCAAAGUACCGAUCACCGGGAUGACAAACGCGAGCUGAACGAGAUGAUCGACCACGAAACCUCAAACAUGGUUCUUCAAAAUGACUUGGGCCUGAACGAUCUGUGGGGGGAGCUGGGGAAGGAUGAGGGGGAUGAAGAAUCAGAGCCAGAUGAAGAGGAACUAAUCCAAAUGCGCUCCAAUCUGAUCUACGACACGGCAUCUCGCAUUCGUCGCAAUGCCAAGGGAAACCACUGCAAGAAACAAUCUCUGUACGUAGAGUUCAAGGACAUUGGAUGGGACAGUUGGAUCCUCGCCCCGACUGGUUACGAUGCCUUUGAGUGCACUGGCGUUUGUUCAUUCCCACUGACAAAGCAUGUCACGCCCACAAAGCAUGCCAUAGUCCAGACUCUGAUCAACAUCAACAGCCCUCAGAAGGCUGCAAGGGCUUGUUGUGUGCCCACCAAGCUGGACCCCAUCUCCCUGUUGUACUUGGACGACACAGGCAUAGUCACCUACAAGUACAAGUUUGAGGGCAUGGCGGUGUCUGAGUGUGGCUGCAGAUAG